UUGACCAGGAAGCUGCAGACGCUGGCAGUCUCCUAGCAACCAGGUCGCCUGGUAAUGGGCUGAGCGCUCUGGCUGGCAGACACCAGGAGACUUCAGGCACUAAGACAAGUGAGGCAGCUGCAGCUGAGAGUUUCAUUUUCAAAGCCCUUUGGCAGGUGUGGAAAGAUGGCUCAUGCCCGCAUCUCCAGGUAUUUGCCUCCUGACAUCGACCCCACAAAAGCUGCCAUUGCUUAUGGCUGCCGGGCCUUGCCCAAACUUAAUGAGGAGCUACAAUCGGGGGAUCUCCUGACAAGACAGAAAGCCCUCGUGGCUCUAUGUGACCUCAUGCACGAUCCUGAGUACGUCUACGAGGCCAUUAACAUAGGCUGCCUGGAGAGCCUGAAGGCCCUGCUGAAGGAUGAUGAUAACCUGGUACGGAUAAAGACCACCGAGGUGCUGUACAUCAUGGCCACCCAUAACAUAGGCAGGGUUGGCUUCUUAAAGCAUGAUAUCAUCGAAGCCCUGUCGCUCCGGCUGAGUGAUCACCAGGUCCUCUGCCGGGAGAAGCUACAUCAGGCAUACAAGCAUCUGGCGCAGUUGCCUGAAGGGCAGGAGGAAAGGCGCCUCAAUGCCUUUACCUGUUGUGCAGGGGCCCAGGGUAUCGUCAAGAGUGGCCUGAUCCCCUCACUGGUACGGAAGCUGCAGAAGGAGGAGGAACACAUCCAGGAGAUCAUCCUGGACACGCUGGCCCUGUGCCUUCAGGAGGACGCCACCGAGGCCCUAGACAGCGAAGCCGUGCCCUGUUUUAAGGAGAAGCUCUUUAGUGACAACCCCCAAAUCCGCAGCAAAGCCGCCGGGGCUCUCAUAGCCAUCAGCAUCCCCUUGGAUGGCAAGAGGCAGGUGUGGAAGAACGAUGUCAUCCCCAUCCUGGUAAAACUGUUGUCAGACCCCGAAGAGGAGGUGAAGGCCAAUGCUGCCGGGGCUCUGAUGCACGCAAUGGUGACCACGGAAGGAAAAUACGCAGCUCUGGAUGCUGAUGCCACGGAGCCACUCCUGGAGUUGCUUAGCACCUUCUCCACGACCAAGUUGUGUCUGAACGCCACAAAAGCCCUCACCAUGCUGGCUGAAGCCCCCGAGGGCCGUAAGUUACUGCUGCCCCGUGUGCCCAUCUUCCGUUUCUUUCUGGAGCAUAAAAACGAGGCCAUCAGGCGAGCCGCGGAAGUAGCCAUCAAAGUGAUUGAGUGGAAGCCAUGACUUCCAUUUCGACCAGACGUGAUGGGCUACGUCUAGCCCCUAAUAAAUGAGUUGCAUCUCCCCA